AUGGAUGGUUUAUAUGACGUAAGAAGCCAUCAAGCAAGCUCUUCUCUGGGGUGUGUUGAUCGAAGGCUUUUUGGUCAAUAUAGGGGUUUGGAAUUUGAUGUCACUUCUGAAAAUUCCCUCUCCAAUUACUUGGCUUCCUGUUUUAUCAGCCGCGUUCCAGGACUGGCUUUUUGGAACCGAUAUUCUUUCCUAGAGCUGCAACAAUCCGAUCUCCUGCAACUGGCAUGGACAGAUAUAAAAAGACAAUUCUUUCAGACAGCUGUUUUCAUAGGUUGUGGCAAUGGGGAAAUUGAGCUCGGAUUCUCAUGUGUCUCUCACGUCAGUAACGAUGCUGAGAUUCAAACAGAUGUGCACGUACUACUGGUUUCCAGAAGAAUUUCUGUACAGUCCCAUCAAGUUGAACAGAAGAUUCUACCUUCAUCUUCAUCUUGUCUGAGAUCACUAUCUACAGGCAGCUCCGAUACACAUUUCUCCUAUUCAGCUUUGGUGCCUGAAAUGCUUCUGCAGCAAGAGAAUGACCACAACGGCGUUAUUAAAGCAAUUCUUCAUGUUAAAUCUUCGCCUUCUUCUAAUAAUAAUUCAAGCUUAGUACUUGAGCAAGAUCCGCCUAAUAUUGUAAUUCCAGAAAGAGUUAGUGCUUUCAAGAGUUACAGGCCUUCUCGAAUGGGUCAUUACAAACCCAGUUUGCGAAGGCAAAGCUUGCUCAAGAGAUCUUUUGAACUGCUUAGAGGCUUAUAUUUUAUGAGAACGAGGGGGAAUAAUGAACAAUCUUGUCACAUUGGCAGCCAGUUCCUUCAUGUGAUGUCAGAACGAAGAAGGCGAGAGAAACUAAAUCGGAAUUUUGAGGCACUUAAAUCACUGCUCCCUCCAGAAACCAAGGCUCUUUGGCUUCUCAAAGAAUGGGUUUACUGA